AUGGAGAUCCCGAAACCUGAUCCGUUCACAACAUGUCACCCCGACACGGUCCGGGCCUUACUUGGACUGAGUGAGCGGGAAGAGCUGGAGCUGAGAGGAGUCGUGAGGGGCGUGUAUAGACGCGAGAUGGCGGAUAAGGGUGCGGAUGCGGCGUAUGAUGUGCGGUGGGGGAAUCUCCAGAAGAAAAAGCCGGCAUUUGUGGCGAAUAUGAUAGCCGAAGCCUCCACCCAGAUCAAAAAUAACACCGGCCUGGAACAGCAAACCAAAGAUAUCAUCGGUCGCGCCAAAUGGUAUAUUGAGUGGGCACUCGGUUUGUAUCAUAAGGGACGCCAGUCACCAAAAAAGGCUAUAAUUGGGGGAUCUGAGGGAGAGGCUGGGGCAGAGGCUGGGGCAGAGGCUGGGACAGAGGCUGGGGUAGAGGCUGGGGAUGGGGGAGGGGGAGGGGGAGGGGGUAGGGUAGUGUAUAGACCUUGGGAGUGGCCCAGUGGACGUUAG